AUGGUCCGAGUCUUCUCUGCGACCGUCGCACUGCUUUGUGUGCUUUCAAAUGCCCCCACAUCGACUUUUGCGCGCACAGGUGUCGUGUGUACCAAGAUUGGCAGUGUUGUCUCCGCGGCAACAAGAUUGUGUCUCUGUGAACCAUGUCACAUGUGCGAAUUCAAGAAGAAGUCUCUGUCUUGCGGCUUAAUUGAGCGCCAGGGCCUCGAUCUAUCGGACGGAUCAAACAUGAAGGUAGACCAACCUUUGCUCGCACCGACGGAUUGGCUCCUUACCGAAUCAGAGAUAACUGCAUCGCGUGGUGGUUCACCUCGAAGCGACUUGUCCACUUUCACGACGGGAAAUGAUGUGAAAACGUACACAGUUACAAAAGAAUUCUUCGACGCGGCGUUUAAUGAUCUCUCGUCUACCAAGACGGGAGACCGAGUGAUGCUGACGGGUUGGGGUACCGACCUCAUUCCUUUCCAACCCAACGUUGACGGCGGAAAAAAGUCGCAAUUACACGACGUGGUCUCCGGUGUGAUACAACGAGGUGGCAGUUUCCACGCUUUGGUGUGGGCCAAUCUGUUGGAGAAAUCCCAGAACAUCAAGGUACGCAACGACAUUAACGCCAUCCCAGCAUCACCGACAGGUGAUAAACCUCUUUUUGUCUUCGAUGAUCGCACACGUGUCGUUACAUCUUCACACCACCAGAAAAAUUUGAUCAUCGCGUCUAACACUUCGACGGGGAUUGAUGAACAGCCUGUGGCGUUUGUCGGUGGCAUUGACAUCACAUCGGAUCGUUGGGAUACCAUCUCCCAUAAUGAGUCCGUUCUCCGUGAGGCUACAGGGGUCAGUGGCGCCUACAAAGGCUGGUUGGAUGGGCAUGUUCGAAUUCACGGACCUGCCGCAAAAGAUGUGGCUGCAAACUUCCUCGCUCGUUGGAACUCCGACUACAAACCGACACAAAGUCUUGCUCACGACCUGCUGGACUUUGAAAACCCGUCAUACUCCGACUUAGCGCCUCUGAACUACGCAAGCAGCAAGACGAGCUCGACUCUAGGCCGCCAGAGCGUGCAGAUUGUUCGUACUUUCAGUUGUCAGUACAAACGCUACAACGAGUUUGCGCCACGUGGUGAGAACUCGCUGUUCCAAGCACGCAUCAAGGCGCUGAAGAAUGCCAAAAAUUUCAUCUAUAUCGAAGAUCAGUACUUUAUCCUCGUGCCGGAGUUGCUUAACGCGCUUCUAGAAGUGAUGCCGACAAUCCAGCGACUUAUUGUGGUCGCUCAGCGUCCUGUAGGGGAAUCGAAAGCCACCGGAUAUGAGAAAUAUUUGUUCGAUAUGAUCGCUCCUAUCCAAAAACUGUAUCCGAACAAAUUGCAGAUCUUCUCGACCAAGAAGGAGUUGAAUCUCUACAUCCACUCCAAGGUCGUGAUCAUCGACGACGUGUACCUAUCGGUUGGCUCAGCAAAUUGGAAUCGUCGUAGCAUGACCUCAGAUUCGGAGUUGGGUGCAAACAUCAUCGAUGACGAGACGGUACAAUCUCCAGAUGGAACUACGGUGCUGAAGGCAGCGCGCGACUUUCGAAUCCGCAAAUUCCAAGAGAUGACGGGUCUGAGCUACGAGAAGCUAAACGCCAUGACGUUUAUUGAGGCUGCGAACCAGUUUGAUGAGGCUGCUGUUGGCAAAUCGAGCAUCAUUGAGCCGUACCAAGUCAAGGAGCAGGCGUAUUUUACUGCCGUUAACGAGGUUGUUCGAAAAACGGUAGACCCACAGGACACCUGCAUGUAG